AUGAUGCGACUGCGAGGCUCGGCGAUGCUGCGGGACCUGCUCCUGCGGCCUCCCGCCGCUUCCUGCGCAGCUCUGAGGCGGGCACAGCCCCUCGUCACACUGUGCCGGCGUCCCCGAGGCGGGGGACAGGGGGCCGCUGGCCCAGCGGCCGCCGCGCGGCUUUACCCGUGGUGGGGCGGGGGCGGCCGGCCGGCGGGGCCCCUCGCGCGGGGACUGUCUAGCUCCCCUUCGGAGAUCCUGCAGGAGCUGGGCAAGGGGGGCACGCAGCAGCAGCAGCAGCAGUCUGGGGCGUCGCCGCCCGCGGCCCCAUCGGCUCCCAGCCCCAAGGACGGCCCCGGGGAGACGGAUGCGUUCAGCAACAGUGAGGGCAAGGAGCUGGUGGCCUCGGGCGAAAAUAAAAUAAAACAGGGUCUGUUACCUAGCUUGGAAGAUUUGCUGUUCUAUACAAUUGCAGAAGGACAAGAGAAAAUACCUGUUCAUAAAUUUAUUACAGCACUCAAAUCUACAGGAUUGCGAACGUCUGAUCCCAGGUUGAAAGAGUGUAUGGAUAUGUUAAGAUUAACUCUUCAAACAACAUCAGAUGGUGUCAUGCUAGACAAAGAUCUUUUUAAAAAAUGUGUUCAAAGCAACAUUGUUUUGUUGACACAAGCCUUUAGAAGAAAGUUUGUCAUUCCUGACUUUAUGUCUUUUACCUCUCACAUUGAUGAGUUAUUUGAAAGUGCUAAAAAGCAGUCUGGAGGAAAGGUUGCGGAUUAUAUUCCUCAGCUAGCCAAGUUCAGUCCUGAUUUGUGGGGUGUAUCUGUGUGUACAGUAGAUGGACAGAGGCAUUCUAUUGGAGAUACCAAAGUUCCAUUUUGUCUUCAGUCCUGUGUAAAACCUUUGAAAUAUGCAAUUGCUGUUAAUGACCUUGGAACAGAAUAUGUGCAUCGAUAUGUUGGGAAAGAGCCAAGUGGAUUAAGAUUCAACAAACUGUUUUUAAAUGAAGAUGAUAAGCCACACAAUCCUAUGGUAAAUGCUGGAGCAAUUGUUGUGACUUCAUUAAUAAAGCAAGGAGUGAAUAAUGCUGAAAAAUUUGACUAUGUGAUGCAGUUUUUGAAUAAGAUGGCUGGCAAUGAAUACGUUGGAUUCAGUAAUGCAACGUUUCAGUCUGAAAGAGAAAGUGGAGAUCGAAAUUUUGCAAUAGGAUAUUACCUAAAAGAAAAAAAGUGUUUUCCAGAAGGCACAGACAUGGUUGGUAUAUUAGACUUCUAUUUCCAGCUAUGCUCCAUUGAAGUAACUUGUGAAUCAGCCAGUGUGAUGGCUGCAACACUGGCUAAUGGUGGUUUCUGUCCAAUUACUGGUGAGAGAGUACUGAGCCCUGAAGCAGUUCGAAAUACACUGAGUUUGAUGCAUUCCUGUGGCAUGUAUGAUUUCUCCGGGCAGUUUGCUUUCCAUGUUGGUCUUCCUGCAAAAUCUGGAGUUGCUGGGGGCAUUCUUUUAGUUGUCCCUAAUGUCAUGGGCAUGAUGUGCUGGUCUCCUCCUCUGGACAAGAUGGGCAACAGUGUUAAGGGAAUUCACUUCUGUCAUGAUCUUGUUUCUCUCUGUAAUUUCCAUAACUAUGAUAAUUUGAGACACUUUGCAAAAAAACUUGAUCCUCGAAGAGAAGGUGGUGAUCAAAGGCUUGGACCUUUCUUCACUCAAGUGCACUAAUAAAUUAUGUAUGUUGCUUGAACAACUAGCAUUCCUUUGGACCAUUGGACUAUGAAAGUCUCCAACAAGAACUUGCUUUAAAAGAGACAGUAUGGAAAAAAGUGUCACCUGAGUCAAAUGAGGACAUCUCUACAACUGUAGUAUAUAGAAUGGAAAGUCUGGGAGAGAAAAGCUAAAGAAAUGGGUUCUAGUUUCAGAAUGUUCUUCAUUUACUCUUUCAACCAUCUUUAGCUUUUUUGCAUACUAUAAAUAUUUAUUUGAGUUUUUUGUGUUUUCAACCUUGGGUGCUGGAGCCAUAAAGCUUUUUUUCCUUUUAAUCUUUGUAUAAAGAUAAUAGAUUAAAAAGUGGAUUUGUUGGUCUUUAAAAAAGUAUUUAUACAUAAGUAAAGCAAAUUUGCUUUAUUUUUAAAGACGCAAAAAGGAAAAAAUUCCUUUAAAUUUUUUCAUGGUGUAAUUAAAAUUUUAACUUAAUCUCCAUUUUAAAAUGGUAACAGAAAUGUCAUUUUUGGUUCUAAAACCCACACAUUGAACUCAUAAGUUUCAUUGCAUUUUGUUUUUUCUUUCCCAGUUUUAAAACUGACAUGAUGUCUGUAGGGGCAAUAGAAAGUCAUCUCUAUGCUAAAUACAAUGAAAAGGCAAAAUUAAUGAAUCCCAAAUUACUUAAUACAGUGAUAGAUUAUAAAAUUAGCUUAAGUUUAUAUUUUAUGCCAUUUUUAGUGAUAAAUUUGCUUUAAAUUUUAAAAAUUCAUUUUAAAUUUUAUCAAACACUUUAAAAUAUAAAUCAUGUCUUUGCUUUUUUACUUUGCAACUUCUCUGUGUUCUGUCAAAAUUGUCAUGUACAGGAGUGUCUUAUGUUACUAAAACAUUCCAGCCAAAGAAUUUCAGAAGUAGGAUAAUGACAUGUUUCACUGUUAAAAAGCUAUAAUGGUUACUCAGAAGGAGCAACAGUGAGUGUCUUCAAGUGAAAUGUUUACCUGAACAAUUUUAUUUUCGUAUUAUUCACGUUACUUUUUCUAUGUUAUAUUUAAGUGUGAAUGGUGAAUCUUGGGUUUUAGUUUUUAAUAUUUUUAUUAUCGUAAUAAUUCCACAAAUGCUAAUGAAUCUUUUAUGAUAAAUUAUAAUAACAUCUCAUAGAGUUUGUUUUACUUGAACUCUAAUUUUAGAGUACUUAGGAAAUGAAUUCAGUCUGAUAGUAGUAAGUAUGCUACUAAAAUGUGUUAGAUCUGAAUCCUUUUGUUUGGUUAUAAAAAUGCAAUAUUGAGAAUCAAAACUUGUUUUUAAAAGAAGGACUAUUUUGGAUAAUUUACAAUGUUUAAAGUCUGUCUUGGCAAAGUGAUUGUAAAAUUCUGUAGGACCUAUUCACACUUCUUCCUUCUUCCAAAUAACUCUUCAGUUUUCCCCACAAUUCCUCAUAGCCACAAGGUGUUUUUUGUUUUGUUUUAUUCAUUUUUAAACUUGUAGAUUUUGGAGGGGCAGAGGUGGGGUCUGGGGUCUAGAAGGAGACUUGGUAGUUUUUUAGUGUCAUGGCAUAUGUGGUAGGUCACAUCUAUAAAAGUAAAUCUAGUAAAAAAGAUUUCACUGAGUAAUUUCGAUACUAGCGCAAAUAUAGAUACAGAAAACCUGAUCAAAUGAUGUCUCAAGCUUGGGAACUGUGAUAUUAGAAAAAGAAGUUCCCUUCCAAAGGUGUUGGUCAAAAGCUUUUUGGGCUAACUUAUAUAUUUAAAUAAUUAUGUGUUAAGUUUUGGAGGACUUACCAAGGAGUUUAUUGUUACUUAAAUAUUUCUCUAAUGUACAAAUGCAAAUGUAAGUGGAUACUUCUACUUUGGCCAUUUACAGAGGCGGAUGGUAGGGGGGAGUGGUUUUUUUGAAAGCCUCACCUCUGCAACAACUUUAAACAGUAUCAUUUGUAUUAUUAGUUCCACCAAAGCCAUUUGCAGUUUGGGGAACUGAAUGUCUUAAUUGAUAGAUUGGAAAAAAGGCUUUAUUUUUUUCCCUGUGCUCUAAAUUGUUAUGUUUUACUAUUUCAUUUGGAGAUGGUUUUACUUUAUAAAAUGAAAAUUCAAUUUUUCCUAUUGUGUCCUAUGUAUAGAUUUCAAAAUUAUGUUGUUAAUUUGUAGCUGACUGUAUUGUAGCUAAUCUUAUUAAGGAUGAGCAUCCAGAAAUUUUUGUAGGAAGGUAUAUAAAUGGAAGAAGAGGGAAGAUACUGUGAAUAGGCCCCUAAACUUUAAUUUAAAAAAAAAAAAAAAGGAAAAUCUUUGCCAGAUUUAAGAACAUUCUUUAAAUUGAUUCCUUCAGUAUUUUUAAUACCUUUUCAAAUAAAGUUCUUGAAAAGUACCCAGUAUUGUGGAUUUAAUGUUUCAUGCCAUUACUGAUUCUUGAUAUUCAAGCAUUUAGAAGUUAGCACGUUUGUUUUUCUUUUUUUUUUUUCAUUAUUAACAUUUCGUUUGAAAUGCAUAUCCUUCCUGAAAUACUUUAUUUUUAGCAUAAAUGUUGUGCAUUUUAUCUUAGUGUUUGGAUUAAAACAUUUGUGUUAUUUAGCUUUCUUUUAUUUGCUUUGUAUAUUUAAUAAUGUACCUUUUAUUUUCCAGUAUGCCUACUUUUUGUAUUGUACAAUAAAUUUAUUUUAAGCUGA